AAAAGAAGCAUGCUCCCUGCACCACUGGGCCGCCGCUUUUGCGGGGCGACAUGCUCGACGGCAGGGAGUGCCGCCCCUGGCCUCCCUGACCGCCCUGCGCGGCCUCCACGACUGUCUGCCAUCGCCAGCAGCAGCCCGCGUCAUGGGGUCGGGCGCCAGCAGCAGCCCCGCCGCCGCGCCGCCGCCGCCGCCGCCGCUGGCGCCACGGGCGGCGCCGCGCAGGCGCCCGCCCCCCGCGGCCUUCUACUCCGUCGUCUCGGGCGGCGGCGGCGAGCAGCCGGCCAGCGGUACUGCAGGCGGUACGGCCGGCGGUACGCCGCUCAAGCUCAUCGUGUACAGCAGUGAGGGCUGCCACCUGUGCGACGGCCUCAAGGAGAAGCUGGAGGCGCUCCUGGAGCGAGCCCAGUUCCUGCCCUGCGCCCUCAGCGGCGCGGAACUUGAGGUUCGGGACAUCUCUACCAGACCAGAGUGGGAGGCGGCUUACGGGCAGCUGAUCCCGGUGCUGGCGGCGGCCGACGGCGGCGGCGAGGUGGAGGUGCCGCGCCCCUCGCCCCGGCUGUCUGCAGACGCUCUGCAGAAGCACCUGGAGAAGUUCCUUGCGGCGCGGCAGGCUGGGGCGUGAGGGCAGGUGGCCAGGGCAUUGCCCUCAUGGCCUUCACGUGACAGCGGCGUGCUUUCUUCCUUGAGUGAUGAAUCGCGGGGCGUGGACGCGGCCGACGGCUGCCGCGGCAGCAGCCAGCGACGCGGGCGCCCGCCCGGCGGGACGGCAGGCAGAGAGCGAAUGAGGGGAGCAGCGCAGGCUCCGGCAGGCUCCCGUGUGUCUCUUGAGGAUGAUGUGAUGCAAGGUCUUGGCAGCGCACGACACAUAUGUGGCAUCCGUAUACUGAAUUACAUUCGUUUGCUGUUAUUUUUUUAUUACAUUUGUUUGUUACGUUUGAUC